GCAGUGCCCAUUCAUGGAUGCUCCCGGGCAGCUCCAGGCCUGCAUCGUCCCAAGCACAGUGUUGUAUUCACCAUCCUGGUUUACUGCCCUGGCUACGGAGCGCAGAGCUGGGGUGGCAGCGGGCGCUGGAGCAGAAGGGAAGAGGCUUUGUCCCCCGCCCAGCACAGGGGCGGUGCGCUGGGCUCCCAACGCUACCGGCGCAGCCCUCGCUCCUCACCCAGCGCUCGCUGGUGCCGGUAAAGCCGGUGCUGUGUGGCAAAGCCGUCCCUUGGUGCUGCGGGGCGGCCGAGCCAUGCGGGGCCUGCUGCUCUGCGGGGGCUGGCUGCUGGCCGCAGGCUGCCUGGUGUGUGCCGGGGGCAGCUGCCGGCACCGCUGCUGCCCGGGCAGGAACAACGCGUGCUGGGUGCCCGGUGCCCGCCGGGCUCACUGCUACUGUGACUCGUACUGCCAGAGGACGGGCGACUGCUGCCAGGACUACCACAGCGUGUGCCGCCGUGCCGCCGUGGGCUGUGCGGUGGGGCCCUGGGGGCCGUGGAGCGGGUGCAGCUCCCCGUGCGGGGUGGGCAGCAGGGCCCGCAGCCGCCAGGUCACGGUCCCGCCGCGGCACGGAGGGGAGCCCUGUCCUGACCUCAAGCAGCGCCGCGGCUGCCUGGGCGAGCACCCGACCUGCGGGACAGCCAAAGAGGUGGCCAAGAUACUACCCGAUUCCUUCAGCCAGGACUUCAGGGAUCCCUGGCGAAGAGCUGGGAUGCUGCUGCUGGAGGAGCCAUCCCGCUCCCCCCUCCCCAGCUACUGCGGCUAUUUCCGCCUGACACAGGUAGGGCCCCUGUGCCGAGGGCAGGCCUGGAGCCGCCGCCUGCACCCAGACAAGCAAGUGUGUGUUGAGUGCCGGGGGGACACAUCCCAACACCGUCCCCACUGUACCGGGCACGGGCUGCAAGGAGCCAGGACAUUUUGGGUGGCUGCCUCCGUGGCAGGGUGUCAGGGUUCAUGGGUGCAGGAGGGGCUGCAGGAGAGUUGUGUCUGCCCCCCACCAGCUCUCAUCUUCGUGUAGCACCCCCAGGCCUGCUGCUUGCCCUUGGAGCUGACUCCCUGUGCUCUCCAUGAAGCACUUUGUUGAAAGAGUGGGAAGGAAACCCUGCUUAUAAAGAUUAACAAUAAGGGAGCUGCUAAAGUGGUGACUAAUGGUGGAAGGACAUCACACUGGAGACAUGGGAGGACAAGGUGAUGAUGUCACACUCAGCUGCGACAUCAUGCUGUGCAAGGAGCUGCUGUUGGCAAGCAGCUCGAGGAUGGAGAUCACAUCCUUCCUCUGUGUUCGGGCUGGCCCCACUGCAGGGAACUGCUGGGUGAGCCGUGAAGGACGGCUCAGCUGCGUGCUGUGGUUUGCUGAGACAAAUUAAACACAGGUACCCAAACUCUGCCCAUGGGUGAUGAUGCUGGUGGGUGUCUGGGCUCAGCUGGAGGGAGUGGGGCUGAGCUGUGAUGUUGGGCUGUGCUGGUGCCCUCCUCACCCUGCAUGACACAACCCUGCUGGUGGGGUGCCCAGCCCAGGCUUGGCCGGUGGUACCCAGAGCUGAGACAUUAUGCUGGCAGCCUCACCCCUGCCUGCACCCACAAACCACCCCCUGGGUGACUCUGCCCCUGCAGGGCUGGGUGCCAGGGAGUCUGUGUACUCUGGGACUUGGGGUUUGAACCCCCCCAGCUGCGGUUGGGAGCUGCUGCCUGUUUGCUGCUCCAGGAUGCACACAGCUCCCGCUGCCUCCCCCUCUCCACCUGCCCCUCCCGAGCAGGGAAACCAUAAGGCUUCAAUGGGGAUGCUCUUGGCCUCUUUAUUUGGGAUAAAAGCCCAGGUCGACCAUGAGCUAAACCACUGGUUAAAAAAACAGGUGCUGGGAGUCAAGCAGCACAAGAUGGGGCACAGCUCCAGGGAGCAUGUCCCCUCCUCCCAGCCACACCUGAGGGCAGGAAUGCCACAAGCAAGAGCACAGGCACAGGCGAAGGUGACGCUGCACUGGCGUCCUUGGGGUGGAGUUAGAAAACACUGGGAACAAAGUGAGUGUGUCCCGCACAGGGAGUGGGGUUCCCCUGAGUUACACCACCGAACCUGCAGUCCUGGCUGGUGGCCACAGAGCAUCGAGCAAAUGGAGGGAUGUGGCUGGGGGCUCGGUGUGAUGCUGCUCUGUGCCUGGAGCUCUUAGGCAGCCCCGGAGGGUGGUCCUGGCUCCCCCAGUGCAUUGCCCUGGCUGGGCACAGGGGCCAGCCCGUGCUGCACCAGCAGCCCCUGCACCAGCUCCAGCUCCUGCUCCAGCUCCUGGGUGCCACAGCCCAGCCCUGGCACGGUGGUGGCAUCUUCCCCCAGCACCUGCAGCGCCUGUGCCACCAGCCGGGCCCUCACCAGCAGCACGGCCACAGCUGUGUGCAGCUUGGCACAGCCCAGUGCCUUCAUCCCACAGCGGACAGCAGCUUCUGCAGAGAGAGCAGGCAAAGGAGCUGUGAGCAUGGCAGAGCUGGCCUGGGGACAAGGACACCAGGUUGCCUGUCCCAAGGCUGCACACUGUGCUGUACCUUGGCUCCAGUGCUGCUUGCAGUACUGCAGGUCGUGCAGGACACCGGGGCCUGUGGCUGUCAACCAGUGCAGAGCUGAGGCACGGAGUGCAAUGCUGGUGGAUGCCUUCUCCAGGAGCUGCAGCAGGAUGGGGAGCAGCUGCCGUGCCAGGACAGCUGGCUCUGCAAAAACAUUGGGUUCAUCCUCUUUGUACAGGCUGAUGGCUCUAGGGGAGAAAGAUGAGGUACAAGUGAAGCCAAAGGCCAGCCCCAUGGUACCCUGUGCUCCCCUGUACCUGGCCCACGGGUCAGGAAACUCACUUGUUGGCCUCCAGCUCCUUCACGAUGCCCCUGAGAUCCAGGACAGGGAGGUGCUGCAGCAGCAUGUCCAAGGUUGCAGGGUGCUCCCCAAACUCUUCCAGGAGGAGCUGCAGGAGGCCCUGGAGCCCCACGUUGUCCUGAACAAAGACGCAGUUGGCAUGGAUCAGCUCCCCAGGGUCCUGCUGCAGGAGGCUGGCAAAACCUGCUGCCUCCUGCCGGACCUCCCGCUCCUCGUCUUGCAGAAGGUGAAUGCCCACAUUUAUCAGCCUGGGGAGAGGGAAGAGAGGGGUCACUGCACUGCUCAGAGCAUCCCCAGCCUGCCUGGGGGGGAGGGAAGGAUGAGACCUCCUAGGGGAAUGCUUCCCUGAGGGCAUUUUCUCCUGGGUUGUGAAAGGCAGAGCCACCACCCAGGCACCGGCAGCCUGGGAGGGCAGGGACUGCAAU